AUGUCACAAGAUCCAAGUACGUACAACGGAGGCUCGGCGGUAGCCAUGGUGGGUAAAGACUGUGUUGCCAUAGCCUGCGAUCUUCGAUUGGGCCAACAAUCGUUGGGAGUGUCAAAUGACUUUGAGAAGAUCUUUCAUUACGGCCAUGUGUUUCUAGCCCUUACUGGAUUGGCCACAGAUGUAAUCUCUGUGCACGAGAAUUUUAGAAUGAAGACGAAUUUAUAUAAGAUGGCAGAACAGAGAGAAAUUGAGCCCGAGAGUUUUGCUAAUUUGAUCUCUUCCUCAUUGUAUGAAAGACGGUUUGGUCCGUGGUUUGUGGGUCCAAUUGUGGCCGGAUUGAAUACCAAGUCAGGAAACCCAUUCAUCUGCGGGUUUGAUUAUAUUGGAUGUAUAGAUUUUGCUAAAGACUUCAUCGUUGCAGGUACGGCAUCAGAACAACUUUUUGGUAUGUGCGAGUCAUUGUAUGAGCCGAACUUAGAGCCAGACGAUCUUUUUGAAACCAUAUCGCAGGCCCUGUUGAGUGCCGUGGACAGAGAUGCCCUUUCCGGAUGGGGAGGAGUAGUUUAUGUGAUUACAAAGGAUAAAGUGGUGAAGAGGUAUCUAAAGACCAGACAGGAUUAA